GCAUUAAUAACUAAGUUUUAAUAUGCUUUCUUAAUAAGUGUGAAAAUCCUAAAAAAUGCAUCUUUAAAAAACAGAGGGAGUAAGCAUUAAGCGCAAUGGCGUUUAGCGGAGUUGGCCGCCACUGCAAUAAUGGCGAUAUAUGAGGACACUACCAUGGGUCCAUGUGACAACCAUCCACCAAAUUCUGACCGUUGGAUCUCUAUCAUUUUCAUUCCUCAUCGCAAAGUGGUCAGCAUCCUCCACUACCACCAAAAAAGCUACCACAGUCUUAGGCUCUGCUCCAUCUCCAUGAAACUACUCUGUUGUACAAGUCGGCCAUUCAUUACCACUAUUGUCCUUCAGUAUGACGAGAUCACUUCUUCUUUAGUGAAGAGACCAUCCUCCAGCUCUGCCGCAAAGGAGAUCAUCUCACCAUUAGAGAUGGUUCAUUCUAAUUGCUCUCAAAAACCCUUUCAUAUAGGUGGCUCCUGCCGCUACAUCAGUCCGUUUCAUGGAUCGAUAUAUUCCCUCGAUGUGCUCAUCGCCGCACGUGGUAAGUGCUCAUACAUAUGCAUGCACACAGUAUGUGUAAGUGUGUAACAAUAAGUCCGAAUGGUAAAAGAUAACAUGCGCGCGGGAUAUAUCUUAGUUCAAUAAUCAGUGCAAUUAUAAUAGUAACAAAAACAUAUGAUACA